ACGCUUAAUAUUUUUAGAACAUUUUAGUUAAUAUGUUUAGUGACCAGAUAUCAGAUAACUUAAUUUGAAUUAAGUAAAUUUGGACUCAAACUAGGAAUGGCUGAAAAAGUUUUUUUAUUAUUGUCAUGGUUAUUAUCUUUCACCUUUUCAAACUGUAUUGUCGAUUUUAUUGAACUAGAACAAGUUGAGCAAAUUCAAAAUAUUCUUAUAAGUAACGGUGUAAUAUAUGUUGGUGCAACAAAUAAAAUUUUGAAAUUAGAUUCAAAUUUCAAAACUACAGGAACUAUAGAAAUAGGGCCAUUUUCUGAUGAUGUUUCUUGUAUACAAUAUAGAGAUACUGAUGACUACUGCACAGACGAAUUAGGAAAAAAGUAUUAUGAUAAAAGAUCAAACGAAAACCAGUUCUUACUUUUAAUUUCAACAAAUGAUUUAGAAGACAUGUUAAUGACCUGUGGAAAUUCUUUACAGGGUCAGUGUCAGUUUCUUAAUGCAACUAGUUUAGCAAAGCUAAAGCUACCACUCAGCCCAAAACUAGUGAAGUUAGCAUCUAAUGAGAUUGGAGGUACUUUUGUAGGCCAGUUUAUGACACUUGGAAGUUCCAAAGUAUUAAUAUCAGCAAGAACCUUAGUUAAAUUGCAAGAUGAAAUGAAGGAAAUAAUUCGUGUUGUGUAUAUUGGAAAUGAAUAUUUUCUUAACAUUUAUAAAAACAAAAGGAGAAUUCCUUAUUCUCUUAGUUACGAUAAAAAUAGAGUUAGUAAAGACAUUGAGCAUCAGUAUAAAUUUAUUUCAAUCAUGCAGUUUGGUGAUUUUACAUACUUUUUUAGCGUCUACCAAAGUAAUAAUGCUGCCCCAAUAACAAAAAUAAUACGCAUGACUAUAUCUGAAAAUGAUUUUGGUUUUUACAUUGAGAAACCUCUUCAAUGUAGUAAAAAUGGCAAAGAUUAUAAAGUUUUAAAAUCGAUUUCAGUUGUCAAGUUAACAAUUCAAGCUGCCAAAAUUUUCAAAAGCAAAGAAGAUGAAUAUGUAGUUUUUGGCUUGUUUAAGACUGUUACCUCAGAUUUUGCUGUGUGUUAUUUUCAUGUAACAAAUAUUAAAAACUCAAUUGAAGUUAGUUUAUCUUCUGAAAAAUCACCUCGCGCUUUUUGGUUUAUGCAAUCAGAUGACUCUAUUCAUGUCUGUUUAUCUUCAGAGAAUGUCAUUAAAGGUACAUUUUUGUAUGAAAGUAAUGGAAUUUCACAUCGGACUUUAUUUGCACUCCCUCAUGAACGAGGAAUUACUGUAUUUUUAUCAAGUCAAUCUUCUGUAUAUGAGUAUGCUGUGCAAGAAAGCAGUUUAUACAAAUAUGCAGAAGUUGAGUUUCCUAUUAAUGGCCAGCAUGUAUUUACAAAAGUUGUUGCUUAUGAAGAUAAUCUUUAUUUCUCUGGAAACAAAUUUAUAGCUCGUGUAUCAAUCAAUAACUGCACACGACGCAAAACUUGUUUGGCUUGUUUAAGUGGAUCAUUAUGUGGAUGGUGUACUCUUGAGAAUCGGUGUACACUUCGAAGUGAAUGUUCAAACAACUUGGAACCCCUGCGAUUUAUUAAUGAAACUAGUGAUACUUGCCCAUCUGUAAUAAAUAUUGUACCUGAUGUUGUUGAAAUUACAUCUAAAGUAAAGAUCAACUUAACAGUUUUGGGUGUUCCUAUUGAUGUAAAUUACAAAUGUUCAUUUAAUGGAUUGAUUACUUCUUUGGAAAGAUAUAAUACUGUCUUUAUAUGUUCUUCUAUUGACAUGAAAAUAAUUCCGAAUCUUAAAAUUGAAGAUGGCAUUGGCACAGUGAACUUAUCGAUUGUUACUGAAGAACCAUUAGAUCAAAAUGUUAAGAGUGUUGUUGAUACAACAUUUACUGUAUUUAUUUGUGCAUCAUUUAAAAUGUGUACAAAAUGUAUAACUAGUGCAAAUUCUUGUGGCUGGUGUGUUAGAGAUAUGAAAUGUGUAGACAAAGAAGAAAAUUGUCCUACCAAGCAAGAAUGGCUUCCUCAUAUUGGGCCUGGUGCAUCAGAUAUAAAGUGCCCACUAGUAAUCAAUAUUCAAAAUUCAUUAUAUUCUAAUGGUUCAAAUAAUGAUAUUCAUUUGACUGGUCGAAACCUUCUUAAACCAGAGGAUGGUAAGAAUUAUCAUUGUGAUUUUAAAAUGACUUCUGAAAAAAACAUUAGAUCAUCAGCUCGAUGGAUAAGUGAAACGCAGAUCAUCUGUGAAUCAACUGAGCUUUACUAUCAAGAAGCUGUUUCUUUAAAAACUGCAAAUCUUUCUGUUUUUAUGGAUGAGUCCCGAAUAGAUGUUGGUAUGACGACAGUUGAUAUCUUUAAAUGCAGCUUUGGUGACACUGAUUGUACAACUUGUAAAAAUAAUCCCCAAAUAUGGAAUUGUGUUUGGUGUGAAAGUCAAAAGACUUGUGUAACUACUGAUAAAUGCGGUUUUUUACCAAAUGACCAAAUCUGUCCUGGUCCAGUUAUUUCAAAGGUGGAUCCAAUGAAAGCACCAAUAAAAGGGUUUACCCGUCUAUCAAUAUUUGGCACAGAUCUUGGUUCAACUUUUUUAGAUAUAGUAUCUGUAAAUGUUGCUGGUGUAGAUUGCCUGUUAAGAAAUGAUUUAUAUCAAGUCUCCAAAAAGGUUGUUUGCGAACUCAAUGGUCCAGAUUAUCCUACUGAUGGCACUGUUACAGUUGAAGUCAAUUCUACCACUUUACAUACAGUAGAAUGGAGUUCUAAGUUUCAUUUUCAGGAGCCUUUAGUCUUUAAAAAUUCGCCUGAAGUUGGACCAUGUUCUGGGGAAACAGUUAUCUCAAUAGAAGGGAAAGAUUUAGAUAUAGGAAACAAUGCUGUGGUUAAAGUAGCUGGGGUGGCUUGCAACAAAAUUAAAAGAUCUAAAACGGUUAUAAAUUGCACUUCUGCUCCUGGUUGUUUACAAAUAGCAAAAGAAGCAAACUGUGAGUCAAAUACAAAGCGCAAAAAAAGAGAUGUGGCUUCAAUGGCUUCAGUGAUGGUUGAAAUUGAUAAUUUUAAACUUAAAGUACCAGACAAUGUUAAGUUUGAAUAUAAAACAGAUCCACUAGUAACUCAGAUAUACACUUACAAAGAAUCUAUUAUUCUUGAGACAUUUGCGAGUGGAGGUCAAGUUUUAAAUGUUGAAGGGCAAAGAUUAAAUAUAGUAAAACAGCCACAAAUGACUUUUUAUUCAGAAAGUCACAAUUUAACAAGGAAAUCAGAUUGUCAGUUUGUUUCCAAAACAGUGCAGUCCAAAAUGAUUUGCUUGGCACCAAAUAUUUCAUCUGCUUUUGAUAGCUCAGUUACUAACAUUACUGUGAUGCUUGGUUUUUUGCUUGAUGGUGUGGUUAAUGUGAAGUCAUUUAAAUAUAUUAAAGUGUUUGCAGAUCCAGUUUUCAAUACUUUUCCAAAUAUAUUAGAAAUAAAGACUUCAACACUUAUUUUAUCGGGGUCUCGCUUCCGUGUACUUAGCAAAAAAGAUGUGAAUGUGUCUGUAGGAGAAAGUGAGUGCAGGGUAACAGACAUUGGAGAAAACUUGGUGUGUGAGCUUCCAUCAGAGGAAGAAUUAAAAGAAAAAAAUGUGGGUCCAACUUAUCCAGUUGUGGUUUAUGUCGGUGAAAAAGGAGCUGGACUAAUAUUCAAUGUUGGUUCUAUAACAUUCUACAUAGAACCUACUAAAGAAAGUUCAUUAACAUUGUAUGUUACUGCUGCUUCAGUUGCUGUAGCUCUUUUACUUGUCAUCAUUGUUGUUUUAGCAUGUUUGUAUCGUAAAAAGCAGAAAAGACAAAAAGAAUAUCAGGCUUUAUACCAAGUAAAAAUGGAUCGGAUAGAGUCAAGUUAUGCAAGAGAGUGCAAAGAAGCUUUUGCAGGAUAUAUGACAGGUGUCUCUGAUUUAACAAAUGAUGUUGCAAAUCUAAAAUUGCCUCCUCUUCAUUUUCAUCAAUAUGCUAUGCGAGUUUUGUAUCCAGGGCUUGUUCAUCAUCCUAUACUAGAAGGUGAUAAAGAUGAAAGCGAAGAGUGGAAAAGUGCAAUGCACUCGUUUAUCAAACUUAUGAAAGAACAAGAUUUUACUUUGACUUUCAUUAGAACUCUGGAAAGUCAGUCUAGUUUCCAAAUGACAGACAGGUGUACAGUAGCUUCAUUGUUAAUGGUUGCCAUGCAAGAUGAUCUGCGAUUUGCGACAAGCAUUUUAACAAUGUUGUUACUUGAUUUAAUCCAAAAAGCUGGUAAUGGAAAGCAUCCAAAACUUUUACUUCGCAGAACUGAAUCUGUAGCAGAAAAACUGUUAACUAAUUGGUUAGCAUACACCUUGCAUGAUUUUUUAGAAGGACAUGUUGGACAAAAAUUGUUCAAGUUAUUUAGUGCUAUAAACAUUCACUUAGAAAAACAACCAAUUGAUGCAAUAACAUCUGAGGCAAAAAACUCUCUCAGUGAAGAUAAAUUUCUGAGACAAACUAUUGAAUUUAAGACAAUCGUUUUAAACAUUGAAUAUAUUUGUGAGGGUACAAGUAAAAAAUAUGAAGGAAUUUCAGUUUUAACAUGCGAUACUAUAUCACAAACAAAAGAGAAAAUUAUCAAACACAUAUACAAGGAUUUUCCUUAUAGAGAAUGGCCUAAUGUGGAAGAGUUAUCACUUGGGUUUGCCUCAGCCAAUGGUGCAGUUCUAGUACUUCAGGAUGAAGAUACCACUAAUGAUAUUUCUGGUGAAUGGAAAAGAUUGAAUACUUUAGAACAUUAUAAGGUACCAGAUCAUUCUAAUUUACGUCUAGCUCCAGCACCUGUAACACCUCCAUAUGAAUAUGGAUCAGGAACCAUUGAAGUGGUUCCAUCAGUGCCAACAUUCGAACUGACAACUCCAAAAAGUCCAUCCAUUCGUCCAUUGAAGAGCUUUAAACGAAAAUUUAACAUUUCUUCACAUUCAAUUGCAGAUUUUGAGAGAUCAGCAGCUCAACUACUUUCGACAUCUUUUCAAACAUCCCAUGCUAGCUCUCCUUUGUUAAAUGUGAAAGAAAAUCCGCAGGAGCAUAAGCUUUGGCAUAUGGUAAAAUGUACUGAAUAUCCACAAGAACACAUUGAGGAUCAGCGAAAUAGUAAAUCUAUGAAUCAAAAUAUAGCUACAGAAGUAUUUCUUACUAGGCUAUUGAAGACUAAGGAAACACUGCAAUCUUUUGUAAAUGAUUUGUUCAAUUCAAUAUUUGGAUUAGAGAAUGGUGUCCGUACAAUACCAUUAGCUGUAAAGUUUUUAUUUGACUUUUUGGAUACAGAAGCCAAUAAGUUAGACAUUAAGGAUAAUGAAGUGCAUCAUAUAUGGAAAAAUAACAGCUUACCCUUGCGUUUCUGGAUUAACAUUAUCAAGAAUCCUAAUUUCUGUUUUGAUGUAAAAAAAUCAAAUACAGUUGACUCGUGUUUGUCUGUUAUUGCUCAGUUGUUCAUGGAUUCAUGUUCACCUGAUGAGCAUAAACUGGGAAUGGAAUCCCCAUCUAAUAAGUUGUUAUAUGCUAAAGAAAUACCAGAAUACAAGAAAAUAGUGAAAAAAUUUUAUGAAGAUGUUAGACUCGCUAACUUUAAUAAAACUGAGUUUGAACAAUUUUUGGAUCAAGUUUCUCAAAAAUACGGCAAAAAAGAUUCAUUUAACUCUUUAAAUGCUGCCAGUGAAUUGAUGAUGUAUGCAGUGAAAUAUAAAGUCAAGAUCGUGGACAAUCUAGAACGCGAAGGCUUAGAAAGGUAUGCUGAAGACCUUCAGAAAAUCAUGGAAUCUAUGCCAGACGAUUAAAUUUUACCUCUGUUAUAGAUGAUUAAACUUUACCUCUGUUAUGGAUCAUUAAACAUUAUCUCCGUUAUGGACCAUUAAACUAUACAUCCGUUAUGGAUCAAUAAACUUUUAUCUUUUAUUUCCGGUUUAGCAAUAUUUAAUUAGACUUAGCUUAAAGCAAGUUUAAAGCCAAUAAAUAUGUGAAAAUUUAUUUUCUUUUUCUAUUUUAUAUAAAAGUUUUUAAAUAAUUUUUUGUAAAAACUUUUACUUAUAUUGUUUAUAUUUUUAUGGAAAAGAAAAUCUUCCAAAAAUAAAAGAUCCUUUAGUUAAAUUUGGACACGACAAUUUUUUAGAUUAAAUUUGGACAAAAGCUAAUUUUUUAGUUAAGGGUCAGGGGGGUUAGGGUAGUUUUUUUUGGAGGAUUUUUUUAUAAAAGCGUUUUUAAGUUAUUUACUCAUUUUGUAUAUUAUAUGCUUAAAAGAAUGUUUAUUUUUA